CACACUGGUUGGUCAUACUGCAGUUUUAUAUUAGUUUUUAUGUGUUGCUCAUCACACUAAACACUCACAUUUCACAAGUUGUUUUCUACCUGCUACAAUCCAUGGCUUCCGUAGUUCAAUCUUCUUGGCAGUUUUUGAUCACACAUUUUAGCGAAUUUCAAUUGGCCUGUCUGGGUACUUUCUUUCUGCAUGAAGGUGUUUUCUUUUUGUCUGGACUUCCUUGUAUGAUGUUGGAAAGGUCAAGGUGGCUCAGCAAGUAUAAGAUUCAGGCAAAAAAUAAUAGCCCUGCAGCUCAGAAAAAAUGUAUCAGUGGUUUAAUGCUGUACCAUUUUGGUGUCAAUCUACCUGUUAUGAUCAUUUCUUAUCCUUUACUUAAGCGCAUGGGUAUGCAGAUCAGUCUUCCAUUGCCAUCUUGGAAAAUCAUUUUAACCCAAAUAAUCUUCUACUUCAUAUUGGAGGAUUUUGUAUUCUACUGGGGACACAGGAUAUUGCAUACCAAAUGGUUGUACAAAAAUGUGCACAGUGUUCACCAUGAAUAUGCUACACCAUUUGGACUUACUUCUGAAUAUGCUCAUCCUGCUGAGAUACUUUUUCUUGGAUUUGCUACCAUUAUUGGUCCUGUUCUCACUGGUCCUCACUUAAUGACUCUCUGGACAUGGAUGAGUUUGAGAGUCCUGGAGACAGUUGAGGUGCAUUGUGGCUACCAUUUUCCAUGGAGUCUUUCAAAUUUCAUUCCAUUAUAUGGGGGAGCUGAUUUCCAUGACUAUCAUCACCGGUUGCUGUAUACCAAAUCUGGAAACUACUCCUCAACCUUUACAUACAUGGACUGGAUUUUCGGAACUGAUACAGGGUACAAAAACUUGAAGGCAUCCAAGAAAGCAGAAGCUGAAAGCAGUAGCCAUCAAAAGAAACAGCAUUGAGGUACAAAUGUUCUUGGGAGUAUGCAGAAAGUGUUGAUAUCCAACUAAAGGCAUAAUAUCAUUGUCAUACUGUACUUGGUUUUUUGCUGUUCUGGUGUGCAUAGUUCAAAGGUUUUCUUUCAAGACAUAUAACUUGUUUUUCAGACCAAUAUAAUAAAGUCAUUGUCUUCAA